AUGGGAGAGUUGUCUAGAAUGGUCAUGUUGGCUUGGUUGUUGGAUUUCAGAAAAGGUAUAUGUCGAAAUGAUCUUGCCCCCCAACUGUCUUACAUGGCUGAUCCUUAUUUGAUAGAGCUAUCAAUAUUCAUUGGGAUUAGUGAUAGGUUUAGCCUACCUUACCCGAUUUCCCCAGGGACUAAUAAGCUCUAUUACUAUAGGUUAACACCCAUUAGACGUGUACUCGCCAAUUGGAUCACACGGUUAACUGUUAACCAUCUGAGAAAUUUUCAAGAUGAGGGUACGAGUGGGUUACUUCCUGACGAGAAGUUGGAGGCCGAGUUAGAGGUUUCUGAUUCGGAAUUCAGUCUCGAACCAACAAAUCCACUCAACCUCUAUGAGCGAGAUGAAGAUGAGAACUCUGAGGAGGAACCUAACGAAGAUCCAGAGGAGGAACCCGACGAAGACCCUGAUGAGGAACUCGAAGAAGACCCCGAGGAGGAACCUGAGGGAAACCACGUGGAUCGUGGUUUCUAUUGGGAGCAACUUUAUAAAGAAGAAACUCCCCAUGCACAUCGCGAGAUUCACAAACUGAAAAGGAAUAUUGAAGAGAUAGAUGAGCAUAGGUCAAGGCUCGUACACGAGAACCAAAUACGGGUUGAGGCUACUGAGGAAAGUAAGCGCAAGAUACAAAGGUUAGAAAAGGAAGUGAUGGAGCUAAGGAAACCCACUAUCACUAAGUUGUGGGAAGGAUUUGUGGUCUGGGUAACGCAAGUCAAUGUCGCGACAUAUGGGUUCCUAGAUAGGGUGGUUAGAAGGGACCUACCUCGAGCCGAGGAUCUAGUUAUCCAAAGUGGUCCUGGAGAUCGAAAAGCCAAGAAUAUAAGGAAGUACUUGAAGGAGGGAAAAUGA